UUAUUGUCUUACCUCAAGAAAGAGAGAGCUAAUCUUACAGUAGCUGAUACCAGUGAAGAGGAUAUUGUACUGAAUGUCAGAAAACAGUUACUCUCCAUUUGUUUACAAGUUGCUAAUGGAAUGUGCUACUUAGCUUCACAGAGAUUCAUUCAUCGUGAUUUGGCUGCUAGAAACUGCAUGAUUGAUGAUAAUGGUAUCAUUAAAGUAGCUGAUUUCGGUCUAUCAGAAGAUAUAUAUGCUAAAAACUACUUCAGACAAUUUAAGAGAAACAGCAAUGACUCACCAUCCUUGACAACUGUUAAACUACCAGUGAAAUGGAUGGCAAUAGAGAGCCUCCAUGAUGGACUGUUCUCUGAAAAAACUGAUGUGUGGUCUUAUGGUAUAUUGUGUUGGGAAGUGUUCAGUCUUGGUAGAGUACCUUAUCCUGGUCUAGAUCCAGUAGGAGUAGUUGAAUUUCUUGAUACUGGAGGAAGACUACUAGCUCCACGUGGUGAAGCCUGCUCAAAAGAAAUGUAUGUAAUAGACUUGCCUUGGCAGCAUGCCCAUGGGCAUGUACUGGGUUUGUCAUUGUGCUUUGAUUUAAAACUAAUGAUAUGUAUCAUUGUAGUAGAGUUUGUAAUUCCUUAUCCUUAUAUUAUAGUUACUCACCUGAUGACUUCAUGUUGGUCUGAGUCUCCUGAUGAUAGGCCAGUGCUCAGUGAUUUAGUAUCAUCAAUCAAUGCACUCAUUGAGCCAUUGGCUGGCUAUCUGGACUUUAAUGGGAUUAGUGAUAUCUUUAAUAAUAGUAUAGAAGAUAAUGAUAGUGUACAAUAA